CAUGAUGCCAGCAGCAGGGAAGUGUAUAAAUCCUUACUGUAAGAAAAUAACAUCAACUCAAAAGGGACUUCAGUCAGCCAUGACUCCUAAGCACUCUCUGAUGGGACCAUUUAAGGGACAUAUGUGCAUAAAGAGCAGUCCAUUUUGUUUGGGAUCAUCCUGCAAGCUAUCCACACAGUUUAUCAUUCAAGAUCAUAUGGCUAUGCAUUACAAGAGGCUACAAUCAGCCAAAGCCACUGUUGAUUCAUCUAUGCCGAAAAGCAUGUCUACCAGUGUUAAAUACAAGGAUCAGCAGAAAAGGGAGAGGCUAAGUGAAGCAGUGAAAAACCAGCAGAAGGAAGUUCUGCACUAUCAUUCAACAUCUCAAAUGAACUACAGCUCUGUUUCCCCGGCAACAAGCAGAUUCAGGGACAAGAAUCUGAUGAAGAGACCUUUUCAAGAUCCUCAGAAGAAAACAUACCUCCUUGAAAAACAUUCCAAUUGCACCUAA